CACUUCUGUUUAGUGGUAAUAAGAUGCAUGGCCUUCGGUUCACCAAAAGCUUCCCAAGCCAUGAACGUAAGCCGACAAGAAUAGCCCGAGCGGCUGUAGAUCAAAGCGCCCCACUUUAUACCAAAUUUAGCCAGCCAGUUUACAGUUUGGCGACUCAAGGCACGGCCUCUUCAGGUGGCCGUGGAACGCUGAACCUGCUCACGUACGCCUCGCCAAUAGCAAUAAAGCCCGACCGAUGUUUCGCAAUUGGAUUAUAUCUCGGAACUGCCAGCUAUGCAAAUAUGAAGGCUCAUCGGCGGGGCGUGCUGCAGGUCCUGGGAUCACGCCAUAUAUCUUUGUUUCACCUACUUGGCAAGACCAGCGCACGGGACAUCGAUAAGCACGCUGCCAUACAGACGGCAGGGUUUCGCCUCCAGGAACGCUAUGGCAUUAUGACUUUGGAAGAUGCUGUUAGCGUCAUGGAGCUCGAGGUAGUGUCAGACUUCUUGCCAUGCGGCGAUCACGACGUGGUGAUUUGCCGGGUGGAGAGCUAUGAGAACUUCUCCGAGGAUGCUCAGGAUGUACUCUAUACCUCGGCCCUCCGUACUGCUGGAUUCCAGUGACGCGUCAGGGCUGCGGUGUUUGCGCGUUGCAAGGGUGCGAUGUACGGUACCUGCUGCGCAUGUAAUACAUUAUUAC